AUGGGGGAGGUGACCACCUGUCAUGUGGUGGUCAAGGGCACCUUCAUCGAACUCUCGGAUGGAUCCAGUAUGAUGAGCCGAUUCAAGAAGUUCCGCAAGAGCAAGACCGAUGACUCCGCUUUGCCGGAUGGCGACGAGGUCCGCGAGGUGGAGCUCCAACUCCCAGCAUUGCCACAGGUCCAGCCAGAGAAGGCAGAACCUCAGGCUUCGCCGGUAAAGCGGGCGACGCAGAAACGGGCACGGACCACGGUGAUGCUGCGCAACAUCCCCAACAACUACACCAGGCAAAUGUUUUUGGAGCUUCUGGACGACCAGGGCUUUUGGGGCAGCUACGACUUCGUGUAUUUGCCCUGCGACUUUCAGCGGGACUCCAACCUGGGCUACGCCUUUGUGAACCUGCAGGUCGAUUCGGUGGACCGCUUCUGGGACAUCUUCGAUGGCUUCUCCCGGUGGUCCUUGCCCUCAGCAAAGGUGUGCGAGGUCACCUGGUCUGGACCACACCAGGGGCUGAACGCUCACGUCGAGCGCUACCGAAACAGCCCUGUGAUGCACAGGAGCGUUCCGCAGAAGUACAAGCCGAUGGUCUUCGCCCAAGGGGACCCCGUCCCUUUCCCGCCUCCUACCAGGCGCUUGAAGGCUCCAACGACUCGCUGA